AUGUUGCCGAACGGGUUUUCUUCAAAUCCGCUUAAUGGGCUAUUUUCAACACAGAAUGAAGGCUCAUCAAUUUUUGGCUCAGCAGAUGCAACAUUCAACGCCAGUCAAGACCUAAGUCAGCCAUUGAGACCUCUGUGUCUACAGCAAAACAUUGUCAACUCUUCUCCCAAUCUCAACAUAGGUUUAGAGGACCGAUCCAGAACAAACCUUAUAAUAAAUUACCUACCGCAGAGUUUUGAUCAAGUUGAUCUACAGCGUCUUUUUGAACGUCUGGGACCUAUCCGUCAGUGCAAACUAAUCAGGGAUAAAAAUACCGGUGCUAGCCUUUGCUAUGGUUUUGUUGAUUAUAUGAACCCUCAACACGCCCAAUUGGCUAUUUCGACCUACCAUGGUUUUGAGACCGAAGGGAAGCGACUUCGUGUUGCUUUUGCAUGUUCUGGUGGUCGUAAAUACGCAUCUGGACGUAGUAACGACGUCUCACCAGAGAGCAACAUCGAAAACAUUAUUGGUUGGGAACUAUAUGUCUUCGGGUUUCCUAUAGAGAUAAGCGAAGCAGAACUUGUGAAUCUAUUUUCGUGUUUUGGAAGUGUUCUUAAUGUGAGAGUUCUUACCGCAGCUGAUUUGCAAAGGCUGCCCCCUAGUGUCAGCUCUAUUAUGGCAGAUGUUAUUUCGAAUGUCACCGACGGUGUCUUUGGCACCGGUGCGCAGCCCAGAUUCAAGACCGUUUCGGUUAUUUUGGAGGAAAAGCAAAGUUGCGAUGUCGCUGUAACUCGGCUCCAUGGUAUUGCUGUCGGUGAUGGUUCCUUGAGCCUUCGCGCACAUAUCGCUGGACCGGUCACAAGAGAAACUUGCACAAUGAUGAUAUUAAACUCUCGUCAAAAUUUAGGUCCUGUAGGGGGGCCAUCACGGUCAACUCCGUUUCUACCCAACGUGUUAUCGGAAAGGAUAUCCUCUCUUGGAAUCUCAUCAAAUUCGCACCGGGCUCAGCCACUUCGUAUCUUUAAUCCAAAUGAAUCUAACGAGAAUUCAAUACCUUUGUCGUCGCAUAAUCGCUCCCUUGCCAGAAGCAGAGCUGUCGGUAUUCUCAGUAUUGCUGAAAACCCGGACUUUUCUGAUAUUUUCGAAGGACACAUGCCAAGCGGUCAGAGUCGUAGUUUUGUCGAUAGUUUGGCAACGAAAGUGGAAAGUAACAAUAUAUUGGAACGGUCGGGUCUCGCACUUACUAAGGGCGAAUCCAGUAUCUGGUCAAGUUCAGGCGCUUCAUCGGCUAUAGAUCUAUACAGAAAUUCGCGUCAGUUGGAUGCCUUAUUGCCUCGUAGACUAUCAAUAAUCACACCAACAGUCAACAGUUCCUACCUCUCCUACGCCUUGUCGCAAACUGGAGGUCGUGGUGUUGUCGAGUUGAAGCUGGAGUUUCUUCAACCUACUGGGUCUGUUGCUCUUCGAGCUAUGGAUUUCAUCGUCAGAAAACUUGUUUCGCAGGGUGCCCAGCAUAUAGUCUGUCCCACCACCGGUAACGCCGGCGUUGCCGCCGCCGUAGUAGCACAGAAUCACAACAUCGCUUGCACCGUAGUGACACCGGAAUCGGACACGUUUACGAAAAAACGUCUGUCCGUGGAAGCUCCUCUAGCUAAAUUGGUUGCUUCUGGUUCUUCAUUUGCCGACGCCGUUCAUAGAGCCGAACAGAUUGUCAGCGAGGCGAAUCAGCCUUUCAGUGCGGUUGGUGACCCAAUUCCCGUAAAAUUGGUCCAUCCAUAUGAGACACCAGAUCUGUGGUGUGGCUAUGAGAGUAUAGUUGAGGAACUGACCACCCAACCGGAUGUCAUUGUCACUCCUGUUGGUGGUGGGGCUCUUCUCAGUGGAGUGAUUCAAAGUCUCUGGAACCGCGGUUGGACAAGCACUCAUGUUAUCGCCAUGGAGCCUGAGGGCUGUGACCGUCUUGGUCGUGCCGUGGGUAGCCUUCGCCCAAUAACAAAUGUGUCUGGGCCUACGUCCACCGUGAUUUCAACUCUCUCUGUAUCGGCUCCGUUGCCUCGGGCGGUAAACGUGUGCCAGUGCUACCCCAUUACAAUCAUGUCUUGCACUGAUGCUGAGGCUAUUGACGCCGUGAGGAGGUUCCUCGAUGAUCACGGUGUUCUCCUCGAUCCUGCUUCUGGCGUUGCUUUGGCAGCGAUUUACAAUGGCUCAGUCGCCAGGUUGCAAUCGGAGGGGGUGAUCCCACGCCUUGCUAGAGUUUGCAUUCUCGUUACCGGAGGUAGAAAUAUUUCGGUUCAGCAUCUUACCGAAUUGGAGAAAACGGUUAAAACAAGUCAAAUUGUGAAUGGCGCCAGGUCGUUUGGCUUUUCUCAGACCCAGCCGUUCUUCGCGGCGGAGUCUCUGCUAGCUGAUUUGGACAACGAUGGUGACGAUACGACCAUGGAUUCGCGUACUGCGUCGUCUUCUACUGACGCCAACUCGGUAAACAGCAAGUUGGGCAAUGGUGGUGAGGAGCACACGUCUAACCAAGACCACGAGUUUGGCGUGAGUUCAACGCGUGACACACGUAGAAUUUUGGCUGCACAUAGUUCGACCCCCAGAGGUUACCGGGCCUCUGUGGCUAGCUGA